AGUGAGCAGGCUGAAUGGACGCAGUGUGGGCAGGUGGGUGAUGAAGCGGGCAGCAGCCGCUGUCACAUGAUCCGGGGAAGCUGAGAUCUGAGCGAUCCAGAAGCACUCUGCACUCGCUCUCCAUCUCAUCUGAUGCUCGGUCUCUGUGAUUGGACAUCCUGAGAAGGAUGACUGGGAAAACUCAAACCAGCAAUAUAACAAACAAGACAGAUCCUCGCUCGUUGAAUUCCAGAGUGUUCAUUGGUAACCUCAACACCGCUGUGGUCAAGAAAACUGACAUUGAGCUUAUUUUUGCCAAGUAUGGGAAGAUCACCGGCUGCUCUGUGCACAAGGGCUUCGCUUUCGUCCAGUAUGCCUGCGAGAGGAAUGCUCGAUCGGCUGUGGCUGGUGAGAACACCAGGGUGCUGGCUGGACAGACUUUAGACAUUAACAUGGCUGGAGAACCACGUCCUUACAGACCAAAAGUGGGAUCUAAGCGACCUUUCUCCUUAUACAGUGGCUAUGAAUUUGAUUAUGAUUUCUACAGGGAUGAUUUCUAUUCCAGAAUUUUUGACAUUCAUGGGAGAUUAGCACCAUCCCCUCGGGCUAUGAUACCCAUCAAGCAUUCCCGUUUGGUUGCACUCUCAACACGCAGGACAAAAAACUCAUUCCAGCCAAAGAUGUCUACCUGCUCUUCUUAUAUAAGAAAGCUGUCUUCAGUGAAAUCCGAUCAGCUCCUGACAAUCAAACAAGAACUGUCCCAGAUAAAGAUUAAGAUCGACUCCUUACUGGGAAGGCUAGAGAAGAUUGAACAGAAGCAGUUAGCAGAAGCAGACGCUCACAGGAAGCAUGAGAAGGCCUAUCAAUCUCUCUAUAGUGAGACAGAAGAGGAUGUGGAUCAGGAACAUCAGGAUGCGGGGUCUUGGGAAGUGACUGAUCAAGGUGAUGAUGGAUAUAACGACAGGGCUAACAGUGAACUGAUAGACAACCACAUAUCUGAUGUAGACAACUGAGCAAGGACUGGGACCAGCACACCUAUCAAGUUUACUAUUUUUGGAAGAUAUCCAGAUGGAAUUGUUCACCCUUUCAUGUCUAUUUAUUAAAUUUAUUUAUUUGUAUUUUUCAUUCAUUCAGCUGGUCAUUCAUGCACAUACAUGAGUAUGUAUAGUCAGACAAAAUGAAAGGAUGAAUACCGUAACUUAAUGUAAAAUAAUUUGUGUGUUUUAUCUAGCAAACGUGAUCAGUUUCAGUGUCAUUGUCAUAAAUGUUUACAAAUAAAUGAUAAAAAAAUUAAUAGUAUGUGCAUUUGAUUUUCUUUUGGACAUUAAUUAUGUACAUAUUUAAAUAAUAUGCACAUUUAUGUACAAGUAAAAUCUAAAAUGAUUUGUGUGUCUCCCAUUAUUAGGAAUACAUGCUAUGUUUACGUUUAUUAUUUUAAUGUAGUUUAUAAUAACUUAUCUGAAGAGUGUAGUAAAAAUUAUUUUUGUGUGUUUAAUAUUGUGUGACGCAAUUGUGAAAUAAAACCUGCC